ACCUGCUCCAAAAACCACAACUACAGUUCCAACAUCAAUAACCACCGCACCAACAACCAUUACUGCAGCUCCAACAAACAGAACAGCAACACCAACAACCACAGCUCCAACAACCAGAACAGCAUCUCUGACAACCAUAACAGCCGCAACAACAACCACGACUGCACCUCCAACAGUGACGGCCCCUUCCCCAUCAACCACCAAAACCCCGCCCUCCACCACUGACCUUCCAUUCACCAUGACCUCGCCUUCAUCAACCACAACAGCAGUUCAAAACACAACAAUCCCUCCAACAACUGGCAGGGAUACAGUAAUGAGAUAUGUCACAUUCAGAUCACUUCAGAGCAAAUUUGAAACAGACUUGUUGAAUUCAUCAUCUGCAGCCUUUACAAGUCGAUCUUUAGUGAUAAAGACACAGAUUGAACCUGUUUACAGAAAGGCCUUCCCCUUUUCCUUUGUCUCCUUGGAUGUGGUGAGCUUCAGGAAGGGAUCAGUCAUCAACACCAUGGAACUUCAGUUUGUAAACUUUUCUGUCCCAAAUUACACUGAUAUUAGGAAUGUUUUGAUCGGUCAAGCCUCAAAUGUGAGCGGCUUUGACAUCGAAAGGGCCUCCAUCAACAUCAGUGACACUGCUCCAACAACAGCCACUCCACUAGAAACAACUGCAACUACAACAACAGUUGCAGCAACUCCAACCACUAUCCCAACUACAAAAGCACCAACUGGACCUGUCCAAAUUACUCUGUUUCUACAGUUCCUUGAACCAUAUGUACCUGAUCUCGAAGACCCCAACAGCAGUACAUAUCAAGAUCGCAAAAAACGAGUUGAAGAGACGUGUGAUAGAAUAUACAAAGCAAAAUUUCCUUACUUCAUCCGUGCCAUUGUCAUUCGGUUCAGAUCUGUUAUAGUCCAAAAACGAGUGGAUAGAACUGAGGCAUUGGUGGAGCUUGUGUUCAAUCAAACAAUUCCCAAUGCACAAGUCCCAGAUAAUAUUACUAUUGUUCAAGCUUUAAGAGAUGCUAUUAACAGUUCCAGCAUUAAUUUCACCAUCCAAAUAGUUCCUGAGACAAUAUCAGUAACUUCUGGUGAGUAUUAGAAAAUGCAAACAAAAGUU